AUGUGGCUGCAGAACCUGCUUCUCCUGAGCACUGUGGUCUGCAGCACCUCCGCACCCACCCACCCACCCAGCCCUGCCACCCGGCCCUGGCAGCAUGUGGAUGCCAUCAAGGAGGCCCUGAGCAUUCUGAACCACAGUAAAGACUCUGCUGCUGUGAUGGAUGAAACAACAGAAGUCAUCUCUGAAGUGUUUGAAUCCCAGGAGCCGACAUGCCUGCAGACUCGCCUGGAGCUGUACAAGCAGGGCCUGCGGGGCAGCCUCACUAGCCUCGAUGGCCCCUUGACCAUGAUAGCCAGCCACUACAAGCGGCACUGCCCCCCCACCCAGGAAAAUUCCUGUGAAACCCAGAUUAUCACCUUUAAAAGUUUCAAAGAGAAUCUGAAGGGUUUUCUUUUUACCAUCCCCUUUGACUGCUGGAAGGCAGUCCAGAAGUGA